UAUAGUUCAUUAAAAACAACAAACAUCAACAACGUCUUCCUCCAACCAAAUCAACCAUCAAUUCGACAUCAGGACAGGAUGUCAACAUUUAGCUUCAGGAGAAGUGGAAAGAAAGCCUUUAGGCACAUCGCUCACGGCUUGAUCCCUGCAGCCACCAUCGCCCCCCGGCCUGCUGUACCCCGUACCCCUCCCCCUCGCAGCCCGUACCCCUCUCCAGAAAGACCCAGGUCUGCCUUGGCAGCCGCCAUCUUGUCGUCGUCGUUGACCGGCCGGACCAUCGCCCUCCCUCCUGCACGCCCCAGAUCCUUCUCCGAGAGUGACUGCUCACGCUCAGAGACACACACCACAUUCGAGCCUUACGCCAGCACAGCGCUCUACACUAGAGACGGAGAGCCAGAAUCUUUGGCUGGCCGGCCUCGCUUGCCCUCUCCUGGGCUCUCUGAAGACCAUGAUGAGGAGGAGGACGAGGAGGACUUAGAGAGAUCGGUUCUGUCAGAUGAAGAUGGUCAUGUCUACCAAUCUCUGGAUCGCCGGGGGAGAAGUCCGACCAGAGACAGAUAUGACAUCUACGCCCGGCCUGUAAAACAGAGUGAUGUUCUGUCAGAGGGCAGAGAGGAGACUGAUGACUCUGCCUUCGACAUAGUGUCGCCUCUACCCCCAGAGGAAGCCGAGGUUCAUCAGAUGUUUCCAACACCAGUUCAGAAGGUAAAACACUUUUCUUUGUAUCUUUCUGCUGUAAUGUUUUUACUUGAGAUUGGAUACAUCCCAUAUUAUCCCCUAUAUAGUGCACAAAGUGAUGUUCUGUCAGAGGGCAGAGAGGAGACUGAUGACUCUGCCUUCGACAUAGUGUCGCCUCUACCCCCAGAGGAAGCCGAGGUUCAUCAGAUGUUUCCAACACCAGUUCAGAAGGCCACACCGUCCAAACUGGAGCAGAGGCCUUCGUCUUGGUCUCGUAGAAGCAUGCCUUCCCCAGAUUUGACAGAAGAAAGCUUCCGUGCAUCUAAGAAGAGGUCUUCAGCCCAGAAGACCAAGAGUUCAGGAAGCAGGAGAGAUGGACCAUCAGAGGCCAGCAGUGCCUACAGAGAGGUUCUGGACAUGCAGAAGGAGAUGGUUCGGUCUUUAACAGAGCAGAACCAGGCCCUGGGGGCAGACAGGAGGGUGCUGGAGCAGAGGUGUACAGAACAGAGCCUUCAGCUGCAGAGGAGCCACCAGAGGGUCCAGAGUCUGGAGCGGGAACUCAGCAAGGCCCCUGUCCCUACAGCAGGUGAGCAGGCAGAGCUGCUGAGUCUGAGGCAGCAAGCCCAGGAGGUGGUAGACGAGAACGACAGCCUGAAGAUGACUGUCCAUCGCCUCAACGUGGAGCUCAGCCGCUACCAGACACGCUUCAGACCCCUGAGCAAAGAAGAGAGCUCCAGGACCCAUGGCCUGCCACUUAAAGGAUCUGCUCCUCCCUGGCUGCUGGACAUGAAGUAUUUAUCUCCAUUGUUGUUGGCUUAUGAAGACCGGCUCACUGAGAAAGAUGCUCUCCUGCAGGCCUCGGAGGAGGAGUUGAGAAGGUUCCGGGGCCGUGUGGAGGAGGUGGUGCAGGAGAACCAGAAGCUACACCAGGACCUGAAACAGACAGGAGGAGUCAGCCACAAGGAGUGGAGGCAGCUCCAGGAGCAGGCCCGUCUGGUACUUCAGGAGAAUCAGGUCCUGAUAGAGCAGCUGGAGGUGCAGCAUACGAAGGCAAAGGACAGUCAUGGGAGACAUUUGACUGAGGUCUCUAAGGUGUGUAAGCAGCUGAUGUUGCUGGAGGCAGAGAAGCAGAGGCUGGAGGGGGAACUGGAGGUAACGAGGAGAGAGCUCCACACACUGCAGACAGAACACCUGCAGGCACGGUGCAGUCUGGAGAAUGCAGUCAGCUGGGACGAACACCACGCCAUCGCCACCAAACUCAAACGCCAACUGGAGGCUGAUUCAGGCCGUCAGCAGACUGAGCUGGAGGAGCUGCAGCAGAGAGUGACGAGUCUACAGACAGAGAAGAACAGUCUGCUGUUGGACAAAACCAACCUCACUGCUGACAUCAAGAGUCUGGAGGCUGACCUGGAGGUGUCCCGACAUGCCAACAGGAAGGCCCAGAGGCGUAUCGGCUUGUUGAAGCAACAAGUUGAUGACUCAAUAGAGAAGGAGAUGAGAGCCCAUCACUACCUGUCCUCUAUCGUAGCUCUGGCUGAGAAGACCACACAGGAGAGAGACCAGCUAGUAUACAUGGCCUCGUCCCUAGAGCACGACAAGCAGGGGGUGAUCAGCAGGAUUGUGGAGGACACCGUACGGCUCGGAAAGCUUCAAGAGAAGGUCAAGGUGUACAAGAAGCAGGCAGCCUGCAGCCUGGGGGUUCUGGGCCAGAGGCUGGUGGAGCAGGAGGAGGACUUUGCAGGGAGGGCAGCCUCCUACCAGACAGAAAUACAGCACCUCCAGAGGCUUCUACGAGACAAACAGCAGGACCUGGACGGAGUGCUGCAGCAGAAAAGAGAGGUGGAAGGUGAAUUGGAGGUGGUGUGGGAGGCAGCGACCAGAGAGAACCAAAGAAUUAGGGAGACCCUUCAGGACUCCAGCCCAUCUCUCCCCUCCCUCAGCCCAGCCAGAGUGCACCAUGGCAGGGGUCUGAGCGAUGGACCCUCCCCCAGCUGGCUCUCCAACCGCCAGGAUGAGGUGUUCUACCCCCGUCCGCACCCUGACAGCGCUGACCCGCCUCCCUGCACCUCCUCUCCCCAGAGCGGCGGCAGGGCCGGCCUCCACCACAGCCCUAUGUUCGAGUCUGACUCGGACCAGCACCAGAACCCCUCCUCAGAUGAGAGCGAGAAGAACGGCAUGGACUUCUAUUCUUAGUGUCCUGUUUUGUAUUGGUCUUACAGAAGACAAGUAGCCUGGUCCCAGAUCUGUUUUAGUAGCCUGGUCCCUGAUCUGUUUUAGCAGCCUGGUCUCAGAUCU